AUGGAGAUGUUAGGUUCAAUUGUUGGAAACAUAGUUCCUUCAGUACGCAAAUAUUGGAGUUAUCACAAAGAGGCUGAUCAACAUGUGAAGAAUCUGAAGAGAAAAUGGGACUUACUGGAAAGCCGGAAGGAUGACAUAAAAACAAAAUUUUAUACAGAACUUCAUCAAGGAAAGAAACCAAAGCAAGAAGUUAAACAUUGGCUUCAAAAUGUAGAAACAAUUAAGGGUGACAUAGACAUUGGACAAGAACCUGCCGGAUGGAUGUUUCUCUCACGUAUGCAGAAGGGAGAAUUUGCUUUAAAGAAGACAAAAGAUGUGGAGGAACUUUAUCAAGCGGGUGAUUUCACUGAUGGUUUGGUUCUUGAUCUACCUGAAUGCAUUGGUAAAAUGAUGCCACCAUCGACCUUAGUGGGAGAAACUGCUCAAAGAACAAAGAAAGAGAUUAUAGCAUGCUUGUUAGAUAAUAAUGUUGGGAAGAUUGGUGUUUAUGGCAUGGGUGGCAUUGGCAAAACGACUGUCAUGAAAGAAGUUAACAAUUUCUUAUUAAAUGUGUCAGACAAAUUUGAAAGGGUAAUUUGGGUGACUGUAUCAAAGGCUAAUGAUAUUAUCAAACUACAAAAUGAAAUUGCCAGCAAGUUGAAAUUAGGACUCCCAAAAUUUGAGGAUGAAAUAACAGGGGCAGCAGAGUUAUACACAGCAUUGAAAGAUAGGAGGUAUGUGCUAAUCCUAGAUGAUUUGUGGGAAACAUUUGCUCUUGAGAAAAUAGGAAUUCCAGAGCCUACUUCAGCAAAUGAAUGCAAAAUAGUAUUGACAACUCGAGAUCUUGAUGUUUGUCGAGGAAUGAGUUGUAAGGAUAUCAAAAUGGAGUCACUUUCGAAAGAGGAGGCACGAGAGUUAAUUUUGCAUAAAAUGGAAUAUGAUGUUUUUAAUACUCCAUAUUUGAAAGCAAUUGCAAAAAAUGUUCUUCAAACAUGUGCUCGUUUGCCUCUUGCAAUCGUCACGAUAGCUGGAAGUUUCAAACGCUUAAUUCACAAUUAUGAGUGGAGAGAUGCAUUGGAACAGUUGAGGACAUCAUUAAAGGGGUUUGACAAUAUAGAGAAGCAGGUGCAUGAGGUGCUUAAAUUUAGUUAUGAACGACUGAAAGAAUAG